AUGGAGUCACGCGGCUCUCGGCAUACACUCGUGAUUCGUAAAGUGCACAGAUCAGACUUCGGAAAUUACACUUGCGUGGCAGAUAAUCAACUGGGAAAAACAAGAAAAAGUGUUCAAUUAACCGGUUCCUGGAAGGAUAGCUAUAAUAUAAGCUGGGCAGUCGAAUCAUUAAGUCCCAUAGAAGAGUACAAGCUAUUAUUUAGGAGGCUACCAGACAGCGGAACAUCAGAAGAUGGGCAUCCACAACCUUUACAUCACCAAAGUCAAAGAAAAUUCGGUUCUGGCAAGGAAAAUAAAACUUAUGCAGCGGUAGGUUACAGUGUAGGAUACGGUUACGGACGACAAUUCAUAGACAGGCGAACAGAUUGGAGGGAUGUAAUUUUACCCGCUGCUCCUACUCAAUCUCCAGGAGUUCAAUCUAUGAGCUACGUAAUUCGGGGAUUAGAAUCCGGCCAAAAUUACGAAGCCAAAGUUCAGGCCAGAAACAAAUUUGGUUGGAGUCCCAUUUCUGAGGCUUUCACCUUUCAAACGACUGAUACAGGUCAGUAUGAAUUUAUUGCGAUUGAUUGUGAUAAAGUAGAUAAUAGGGAUAUGGUUUAUUAA